ACUGGUUCUUCCCCUCCCAACUGCUCUGGUUCUUAUAAAAACCUCACAGCCUUCCACUAACAUCCUGUAGGAGCCUCUCUCCCUACUGCUGCUACACAAGACCCUGAGACUGACCUGCAGGACGAGACCAUGAAGAGCCUGGUCCUUCUCACCAUCCUGGCCACCUUAGCGGUGGUAACUUCGUGUUAUGAAUCGCAUGAAAGCAUGGAAUCUUAUGAACUUAAUCCCUUCAUUAACAGGAGAAAUGCAAAUACCUUCAUAUCCCCUCAGCAGAGAUGGAGAGCUAAAGUCCAAGAGAGGAUCCGAGAACGCUCUAAGCCUGUCCACGAGCUCAACAGGGAAGCCUGUGAUGACUACAGACUUUGCGAACGCUAUGCCAUGGUUUAUGGAUACAAUGCUGCCUAUAAUCGCUACUUCAGGGAACGCCGAGGGGCCAAAUGAGAUUGGGGGAAGAAAAAAUCUCCUUUUUUCUGGAGUCUGGCACCUGAUUUUGUAUCCCCUUGUAGCAGCAUUACUGAAAUACAUAGACUCAUAUACAAUGCUUGUUUCCUGUAUAUUCUCUUGUCUGGCUGCACCCCUUUUUCCCACCCCCACAUUGAUAAGUAAUGAAAGUGCACUGCAGUGAGGGUCAAAGGAGAGUCAACAUAUGUGAUUGUUCCAUAAUAAACUUCUGUUGUGAUACUUUCA